GAAAGAAGGAUGCAAAGUUUGGAGGAAAUUCUAUUUUUGCCGAUUCCAGUUUAUUGUGAGAGAAGGGAACGGAACAGCGCAUGCAAUUGCUAUUAAGGGUAUGCCAACUGAAGGAGAUUUGUUCUGAGUAGAAGAUGCGCCUUUAAAAGCUUUGGAAGUGGCCAAUUCUAAUCAUCGGAGCAGUCGACCUCCAUAUCCCAUUUUCUAAUUAUUGAUGGAGUUGAGAAAUACAGAUAUAGGGUGGCCCAUCUCAACUAUUUUUUUUUCCGGAUAAUUCAUUGUCAGCUUUGGAAGAUUUUUGCCGUUUAUUUUUUUGGGUUUGUUUGACACACACAGUGCCUGAUGCUUUGCUAGAUGGAGAAGAUGAUGUUUUGUUGGUUUUCAUUUUAAUUAUUUUCUGUUCUCUCGUUCUUCUCUCCCCGUUUAGUUUUUUGUUUUGCUUUGGUUUGUAAGAUAUUUGGUGGAAAAAUUUAAAAUUUAUAUAAAUUAAUCCAUCUUAUUUAUAAAUUUAUUGUGUUCGGGUGUUUGUAUGAGGUGGAUCCUGAUUUCAUAACCCGCUCCACUUUUGACCCACCUUCACAAAUCAUCACCAAUUUACCAUCCACUUCUAAAACCUCAAUACCUCUAAUAUCUCUCUCUUCCCGCUUUUUCUCCAAAACCCUAAUUUCUCGUUGUCGAAGCUAAAACCUCCCUUAAAAAAAUGGCUAAAAAGAACAAGCAGAAGCCUCCGCAAGACCCCAAACCUAGCCAGGAGGAAGAAAAGAAACAAGUAGAGCGCAAGGAAGAGGAAGUAGAAGAUGAAGAAGAAGAGAAAAGCUUCGACGACUUGGGCCUCGACCAUCGAUUACUCCGAGCUCUUAUCAAGAAAGACGUUGGCAAGCCUUUUCCGAUUCAACGUGUUGCAAUCCCUCUCAUUCUACAAGGCAAAGACGUGGUAGCUCAAGCUAGAACAGGCACUGGCAAAACCUUUGCAUAUCUUCUUCCGUUGCUUCAGAAGCUGUUUCCGUCGGAUUCCGGUUCAAAAUCCCGGCUUGCUCCAGGCGGUUUCAUCCUCGUGCCCUCGCGUGAAUUAUGUCAACAGGUCUACAAAGAGGCCGUAUCAUUGGUUGAACUAUGUAGAGUUCAAUUGAAAAUUGUGCAGUUAACCGGUGGAAUGCCAGCUUCUGAUUUGCGAGCUGCAUUGGCAGGGCCUCCCGAUAUUUUGGUAACCACGCCAAAGUGCAUAAGGGAUUGCUUGGCUGCUGGAUUACUUCAGCCUGCUUCUAUCAGUGAAUCACUCGAAAUUCUAGUCCUUGAUGAGGCUGAUCUUUUGUUGCAAUUUGGCUUUGGAGAUGAUCUUAAAGCUCUUACUCCUGCCAUUCCUAGAAGUUGUCAAUGCCUUCUAAUGUCUGCUACCUCAAGCCCUGAUGUUGACCAACUAAAAAAGCUGAUUUUGCACAAUCCAUUCGUUUUGACGCUGUCAGAAGUAGAUGUUAAGGAUGAGGUUAUCUCAAAAAAUGUUCAGCAGUUCUGGAUUUCGUGCUGUGCGAGUGAUAAGUUACUUUAUGUUCUUGCUCUCCUAAAGUUAGAGUUGGUAUUGAAGAAGGUUUUGAUUUUUACUAACACUAUUGGGGCUGGUUUCAGAUUGAAACUAUUCUUUGAAAAGUUUGGAAUCAGGUCUGCUAUAUUGAAUGCUGAGUUGCCUCAGAACUCUCGUCUACAUAUCCUGGAGGAAUUCAAUGCUGGGCUUUUUGAUUAUUUGAUUGCAACUGAUGACAGCCAAACAAAAGAGAAGGAACAAGUUAAUAGGGACAAAGACAUGGACUCAAGGAAGUCCAGAAAAGGUGCUAAGCCAAAAAUUGACUCUGAGUUUGGUGUUGUGAGGGGAAUUGACUUCAAAAAUGUCUACACGGUUAUAAAUUUUGAUAUGCCUUCAAGUGCUUCAGGAUAUGUACAUCGUAUUGGACGAACUGGAAGAGCAUAUAGUGCUGGUGCUUCUGUUUCCCUUGUUUCACCAGAUGAGAUGGAAAUUUUUGAAGAAAUUAAAUCCUUCUUGGGUGAAGACGACAUUUGCACAAAUACUAUCAUGCCAUUUUCACUGUUGACCAAGGAUGCGGUGGAGUCUUUACGAUACAGAGCUGAGGAUGUGGCAAGGAGUGUGACAAGAGUUGCUGUUAGAGAAUCACGAGCUCAGGAUUUAAGGAAUGAAAUUCUCAACUCUGAAAAGUUGAAGUCUCAUUUUGAAGUAAAUCCGAGAGAUCUAGAUUUAUUGAAACAUGAUAAGGUUCUGAGCAAGGAACCUCCUGCACCUCAUCUUCGUGAUGUGCCCGACUAUCUAUUAGACCAAAAGACACGUGAUGCCAGCAAAAUGGUCAAGCUUACUAGAGCCGCGAUGGGAGAUAACAAAUCCAGUCGUCGCCAGGGAGCCAAGAAAAGAUUCAGAAAAAGCAGGGAUCCUCUCAAGAGCUUUUCUGCUGAGGCACCGAAGAGAGUCGGCAAAGAUGGGGUGAAAGGAGAGGGAAAAGGUUUGGAUUAUACCCAUAAAUCCAAAAAGCAAAAAGCUGUUUGAUUAUUCUGUACAACGUCUGCUUAUUGCCGCAAGCAAAAAUUUUGUUCUUUUCAUUUAUUCGAAAACUGUUGUUUUUCUUGUUUAAGUUUCGUUUUGUCUGGAUUUUUAUUACCUGUUUUCAGAAGAGAAGAUAAAUACCUUUCAAUUAAUGUAAUUGUCUACUACUUUUUUGCCCAUUAAGUGAACGUUGACAAUAUUUAGAAACGAACAAAAUAAAGUAAUAAAUUCACGGUCAACAGAAA